UGGUUUCGCGAAAGAGCAUCACUCGAUUUCGCACAAUCGUCUUGAGAAGCCAAUACAAGUAUAAAGCCAAAUUUUCGUACUUUUCGAAUAAAACCGCUUCUGAAAAAUGUUCAAGUUCGCAGUGCUCAGCGUGCUCGCUGUCGUAGCGUCUGUUUCCGGUGCCCCAGGAAAUCUCGUAGUGCCAGUGGUCGCCUCUCCGGCUGCAAUUGCAGUUGCACAUCCCGUGCAAGUGGCCACUGCAACCAGCUACUCCAACACUUAUCGAGCUCCUGUUGUAAAAGCGCUUCCUUUGGUCAAGACCGUCCCCGUCGUCGCCGCAGCGCCCUCUCAUCAGUUAGUACACGCAACUCCCGUUGUCGCUGCUCCCUUAGUCGCAGCUCAUCCGGUCGUCAAGACUACUCAUCAAGUCGUAGCUCACCCGGCUCCGGCGAUCGUUAAAACGGCACCGUUAGUGGCUCAUGCAGCACCAAUCGCUGUCGCGCAUCCUCCACUCGUUCACACUGCACCAAUCCCAGCUCUUCACGGAUUACCGAUCACCGGCUACGCCACUCACUACAAAGUGGCGCCUCUCGUGAAGACCGGCGUUGUCGCAGCUCCCGUUGCUCUUGUUCACUAAUCGAGAUCGAGAGACGCGAUUUUCGACUCAUGUACGAACUGACAUCAACGUGCCAUCUUUCACAUUAUUUAUUGGUCGAAUCCUUCGUUCAUUAUUGAUCGAAUAAAUUAAAUUUUCAGUGA